UAGCGAAAUGAGCCAGUUUAAAGCCGCCUGGCAUCGAGGACAGGGCGGCGAUAGGGAGCCAGUGGCAACAGUUUGAUAAGUAACAGUGAUCAUGAAUACCAAGUGUAUCUACAUGGCGAUGAUGGCUGUACUGGGGUUUAUGCUGACCUCAGCUCAGCGCUGCCCAUUCCACAUGGACAUCGCACCCUGUUUGUGUACUGAAAUCGGACCGAGCCCUGAGUUGGAUUUGGACUGCUCGCAUGUGGUGGACAUCGAUCAGCUCACGAGAGUAUUCCAAGCGGAUUUUCCUUCCACGAAUUACCGGAGACUGACCAUGACUGGCACUCCUGACGAGCCUAUUCCUUUAAGCUUCCUCCCUGACGGAGUGUUCGGUAGCAUCACUUUUCAAGAAAUUGUAAUGCAACACACACAGAUCUACCGUGUGGAUGAUUAUGCCUUCCUCGGGUCAAAAGACACACUUACAAUGCUAACAUUAAGUCACAGUGUACUGACAAGCUUCCCAACCACGAUCUUGCCGCUGCUGUCUGACUUACGGGAGCUGGACUUGUCAUACAACCAUCUCGUGUUCAUCCCUGACCUGCGCUCGUCCUCCCUUCGCUCCCUUACGCUGGCCCACAACACCCAACUCUGCUUCAGUGAUCAGGUCUUCACAAAACUCGAUCAAAUAGUCGAUCUAAACAUAGGACACUGUAACAUGGAGACAAUACCGACUGGGAUGUUCCUAAAUAUGAUGAACUUGUCGACUGUUUAUCUGGAAUACAACAAGCUCACACACUUGGAUGCCGCAACUCUCCACUUCACGAGCGAAGUUAUAGAAGAAAUUGUUCUUUCCGGGAAUCAGAUUUCUGCCGUUGAGCCAAAUUUUUUCUCUGGGACAGGCAAGCAGACGUACCUGGAGCUGCUCAACAACCAGAUCACGACCCUGGCAGAAGAGGCGUGGCGGCCAGUGUUCCAGGCCAUUAGUGACCCCGGUGACGGCCUGGUCAUGUUGGACGGCAACCCGUUGGACUGUGGGUGUAGCCUGGCCUGGCUGGUGACCUCGUCGUCCUUUCUGAGCCACCUGGCCCGCGGCGCCACGUGUGCUAAUGGCACGGCUAUCCACGACCUCGAUCCAUCUGCCUUCGAUCACAACUGCAGCCGCUGACUUAAUGUGCUUCCCGGACGGAGCGUCAGGUGAUUUUUUUUUCUUUUUUUUACAAACUGACAUGUACAUACGAUAUUAAAAUAAUAAACAGGGAAAGAUGAACG